GCGCUGCUCACCCGCAGAGGCGGUGACGCGCCGGCGGAUGCGCUUGCGCGCCGUCUGGAAGAUGCGCCAGUACAGCACGAGGAUGACGAACAGCGGCAGGUAGAAGGAAGACGUGGUGGCGAAGAUCUGGUAGCUCAGGUCCUGCGACACCAGGCAGCGCUGCUCGUUGAGGAUGCGGGACUCCCAGCCGUCGUCCUUCCAGCCGAACAUUGGCGCCAUCGACACCAGGAUCGCCACCAGCCACACCACCAGGAUCAUCAGGCCGAUGCGCCGCGCGGUGCGCUGGUGGAUGUAGUCGAUUUGCUUGUUGUACACGGAUUUUCUCGCCCUUUUCCCGGUCACAUCACGAACAACCACGACUUCGAAACAUCUCGCAUUUUUUCUCACACAAUUCCCGCUCAACCAGAGGACAGCGUUCGUUUUCUGCCACAGCAGCUGCAGCAGCACCUGGCACAUUUUUUUAGAGCUGUGAUGGCCGAGCGAGGAGGGCGUCGAGUUCGCCCGCGCGCUGUCAGUGGCACCGGGGAGCGAGCGCCGGGCGCCUCGGCGGACGCCGCUGCGUGCGCGCCAAUUUACGAGUUUUCCAGCGCUUGCACCGCCACCCAGUCCCUCCCCUCGGCCACGCCUCGAUCUACUCCUCUGCGUCCGGUUCCUCUCCGGCCCCGCUCCGUCCCGCUCCUCACGGCUUCGGCCUGGCUCGCCCCACUUCGCUCCUCUCCUCAGGGCCCGCCCCACAAUGCCGCGUCUGACACGCCCCGCUCCGCCCCACUCCGCCCCGCUCCGCCCGCUCCGCCCCGCUCCGCCCCGCUCCGCCCCGCCCCGCCCCGCUCCGCCCGCCCCGCUCCGCCCCGCGCCGCCCGCUCCGCCCGCCCCGCUCCGCCUCGCUCCCGCCCGCUCCGCCCCAGCUCCGCUCCGCCCCGCUCCGCCCCGCGCCGCCCCGCGCCGCCCGCGCCGCCCCGCGCCGCCCCGCGCCGCCCCGCGCCGCCCCGCGCCGCCCCGCGCCGCCCCGCGCCCCCGCGCCGCCCGCGCCGCCCCGCGCCGCCCCCCGCGCCGCCCCGCGCCGCCCCGCGCCGCCCCGCGCCGCCCGCGCCGCCCCCGCGCCGCCCGCGCCGCCCCGCGCCGCCCCGCCCGCCCCGCCGCCGCCCGCCGCGCCCCGCGCCCGCCCCGCGCGCCCGCGCGCGCCCCGGCGCCGCCCCGCGCCGCCCCGCGCCGCCCCGCGCCGCCCCGCGCCGCCCCGCGCCGCCCCCGCGCCCCCGCCGCCGCCCCGCGCCGCCCGCGCCGCCCCGCGCCGCCCGCGCCCGCCCCGCGCCGCCCCGCGCCGCCCCGCGCCGCCCCGCGCCGCCCCGCGCCGCCCCGCGCCGCCCCCGCGCCGCCCCGCGCCGCCCCGCGCCGCCCCGCGCCGCCCCGCGCCGCCCCGCGCCGCCCCGCGCCGCCCCGCGCCGCCCCGCGCCGCCCGCGCCGCCCCGCGCCGCCCCGCGCCGCCCGCGCCGCCCCGCGCCGCCCCCGCCGCCCGCGCCGCCCCGCGCCGCCCCGCGCCGCCCCGCGCCGCCCCGCGCCGCCCGCGCCGCCCCGCGCCGGCCCCGCGCCGCCCCGCGCCCGCCCGCGCCGCCCCCGCGCCGCCCCGCGCCGCCCCGCGCCGCCCCCGCGCCGCCCCGCGCCGCCCCGCGCCGCCCCGCGCCGCCCCGCGCCGCCCCCCGCGCCGCCCGCGCCGCCCGCCGCCGCCCCGCGCCGCCCGCGCCGCCCCGCGCCGCCCCGCGCCGCCGCGCCGCCCCCAGAGCGCCCAGAGCGCGUGCCGGCGAUAUGCCGCAGGAAGGUUGUCUUUCUGCCGCGCCACGGCUGUCCAGUGGCACAUCAUCUGACUUCGUUUAUCAAAAACUUCAU